AUGUCCAAGGGGAAGGAGAAUGAGACAAGAGUAUGUGAGUUUCUCCUGCUUGGCAUCACCAGUGACCUGGGGCAGCAGCAAGUGCUCUUCUGGCUCUUCCUGUGUAUGUACCUGAUCACCGUGGCUGGGAACACACUCAUUAUCCUGGCCAUCAGCUCUGACCCUCAUCUGCACACCCCCAUGUACUUCUUCCUCACCCAUCUCUCCUUUGUUGAUAUCUGCUUUACCACCAACCUAAUCCCCAAGUUCCUGGCCUACCAUGUGACAGGAUCAUGGACCAUCUCUUAUCCCCAGUGCCUGACUCAGAUGUACUUCCUCAUCUUCUUUGCCAAUCUGGACACCUUUCUGCUAGCUGCCAUGGCACUGGAUCGUUACGUUGCCAUCUGCAGCCCCCUGCAGUAUUGCUCUAUCAUCACCCCCAGGCUCUGCUGGGGGCUGGCUGCUCUAGUGUGGUUGGGCUCCAGCCUUAUCUCCCUGGUCCAUACCCUCCUCAUGAGCAGACUGACCUUUUGCUCCUCCAACCGGGAGAUCUCACACUUCUACUAUGAUGCUUACCUUCUCAUGAAGAUUGCCUGCUCAGACACACAUGUCAAUCAGCGUGUGUUCCUGGGGGCUGUGGUCCUGUUCCUGGCUCCCUGUGUGUUCAUUGUGGUCUCCUACAUCUGCAUCACUGCUGCUGUCCUUCAGAUGCCAUCUGCCACAGGAAGACGCAAGGCAUUUUCCACAUGUAGCUCCCACCUAUCUGUGGUCACCCUGUUCUAUGGAACUGUCUUAGGGAUCUACAUACGACCUCCAGACUCCUUCUCAGCUCAGGAUACUGUGGCAACAAUCAUGUACACAGUGGUGACCCCCAUGUUAAACCCCUUCAUCUACAGCUUGAGGAACAAGGACAUGAAGGAAGCUGUGAGAAGAUUCUUCAGUGGGGGCUCAAGAUCUUCUUGGUGCUGA